UGGGUGCCGCGGAGCAUGAUGGGAGCUGUAGUCCCGGAAGUGGCUCGGAAGGUGCCGUUCGCGUCGCGGGAAGGCACUUGGGGGAACACUUUUGCGUCCGAGCCGUGGCUGCAGGUCCUCGGGGCGAAUGAUUUCUCAUUCCCAGACCUUGGCCGGAUGGAGGAGGAGGCAGCGAGGAAGAGGAAGAUGCCCCAGGACACCCAGGCAGAUAAGGAGCCAAGGACAGAGACCAGGGAGGAGAAAUCCCUGGGGCACAACCUCGUUGAAGAGGCCAUUUUGAGCACCUCCAUGUUGCAGGAAUCCAAUGGGGAGGAAAAGCCCCUGAGAUCCUGUAGGAGGAGAGUCUCCAAACCCAGCCCAGGGAGCUCUGAGGAUGAAAGACCCAACCUGUGCCGGGAAGGCAGCCGGAGAUCCAGCCAGGGCUCUGAGCUGGUGGUCCAUGAGCAGCUUCAGGAUGGGGAGAAGCCCUACAAGUGCUUGGAGUGUGGGAAGAGCUUCAGCCGGAGCAACAGCCUGAUCCGCCACCAGAUGAUCCACACCGGGGAAUGGGCCUGUGAGUGUGAGGAAUGUGGGAAGGGCUUCAGCUACAGCUCCAACCUCAUCGUCCACCAGCACAUCCACACUGGGGAGAGGCCCUACAAGUGUCCUCAGUGUAGGAAGAACUUCUCCCAGAGCUCCAACCUGACCAUCCACCAGAGGAUCCACACUGAGGAACGGCCCUACAAGUGUGAGGAAUGUGGGAUGACUUUUAGCUGGAGGUCCCAACUGACCAUCCACCAAAUGAUCCACACUGGGGAGAGACCAUAUGAGUGUACUGAGUGUGGGAAGAGGUUUCAGACCACCUCCAAUCUCCUCAUGCACCAGCGGAUUCACACAGAUGAGAGGCCCUUCCGCUGCCCUGAUUGUGGGGAGGGCUUCAAGCAAAACUCCACUCUCAUCACCCACCGGCGCAUCCACACCGGGGAGAAGCCCUACGAGUGUGGGGAAUGUGGGAAGAGCUUCAGCGACAGCUCCAGUCUGAUCCGCCACCAGAGGAUCCACACUGGGGAAUGGCCCUACAAGUGUGGGGAAUGUGGGCAGACAUUCAGAGAGAGAUUCAAACUGAUCAUCCACCAGCGCAUCCACACUGGGGAGAGGCCCUAUGAAUGUUCUGAGUGUGGGAAGAGGUUUCAGACCAGCUCCUAUCUCCUCCAGCACCAGAGAAUUCACAGAGAGGAGAGGCCCUUCCGCUGCCCUGACUGUGGGACGGGGUUCAAGUACAACUCCAACCUCAUCACCCACCGGCGCAUCCACACUGGGGAGAGGCCCUACAAGUGUCCCCAGUGUGGGAAGAGCUUUACCCAGAGCACAGCCUUGGCCCAACACCAACAGAGGCACCGGGACCCUUUGCGGGCAAAGGGUACCAGCUCGGCAGAUUCGCGCAGUGUUUGGACGUGGAAUGCGGAUCAGGGCUGAGGGAGCAGAUUCGUGCAGCGGUUGGAUGCGGAAAGCGUGGAUCGGAGCUGGGUGGCAGGUUCGUGCAGCGGUUGGACGUGGAAUUGUGAACCUAAGCUGGGGAAAACUGGGGACGGAGGAGCCUGAGACAGAAGACCAAAGGCAAGUACGCGUUGGCACUCAGGUAGGAGACGUCGCGAACCUCCCCCCAUCCAGGGCUGCUAGUAUGGAUAUAGUUUGCGGCAGCACAAAAACUGCUUCAAAGUGUUAUAGUUAAAUGAGGGGAAGCAGUCAAGGAUAAGGACCUUGAAAAGCUCGUUUUAUGGGCUAGAGAAAAUGGAAACUUGAAAGUGCCUCCACUGCUUUUUGCAGUGGAAGAAUGGAGAGAAAUAGGAGUCCAGUUGUGGGAGAAAACAAUUACAAGGAAAAGCAAGGACACUCUGUCUUACAGUCUGACUUGGCAGAUUAUAAUUAAUACCUUAAAAGACAUGAAAGCAGAAUUUAUCCAGGUUGCAAGCCCCAUAAUUCUACCUGCUGUCACAGCAGCAGCCAUCUCUACCCCCCACUGCUAGGCGAACAUUCUUGGCAAUGACGCCCUUGGAGAGAGGGGGAGAGAGUCAGAGAGAAGUAUAUAAGGAGGUGUUCAAUGUUUUUAAAUUGACUGUGGACCUACAGGGACAACAUAUUAACUCUACUUUUGAAGAGAAGCCAGAUUUUGAUUGGUUUCCACCCGACCCAGGGGGGCAUGGGGGGAGCACUGGAGUGUGCACAGAGAACAAAGGCACCCCCACGGCAGAGGCAUUG